GGAAACUAUGCCACCAAGCCUCGACCUUGGGAAUCACCAAAGAUGGCGGCCACAGGAAAACUUUUAGCUGGGCGCUUAGCAUUGGUUACUGGUGGUGCUAGCGGCAUUGGCCGGGCUGUAUGCCAGGCAUUAGCAGCAGAAGGAGCAAGUAUUGUUGUGACAGAUCUCAACAACGAAGGGGCACAGGAAACCACUGAGAGCUUAUCAAAACAUGCUGACAACAAGCACCUCAACUAUUCGUUAGAUGUGGCAAGGGGAGAGGAAGUACAAAAGGUGCUGGAGUGUAUUAUCAGUGAGUACAGGAAGCCACCGUGUAUUUUAGUCAACUCUGCUGGUAUCACUAGUGAUGAUUUCCUGUUGAAGAUGGAUGAAGAAAAGUUUGACAAAGUUAUUGAAGUGAAUCUCAAGGGAACAUUUCUUGUGACCCAAGCAGUAGCCAAACUGAUGGUCAGCGAAAAAGUUACAAAUGGCUCUAUUGUUAAUCUAGCCAGUAUUGUAGGCAAGAUGGGAAAUCUUGGUCAGGCAAAUUACGCUGCCUCUAAAGCUGGUGUGGAAGGUUUGACAAGGACCUGUGCGAAGGAGCUUGGAAGAUUUGGUGUGAGAUGCAAUGCAAUUUUACCAGGCUUCAUUCACACUCCAAUGACGGACCAUGUUCCAGAAAAAGUUUUAGAAAAGUUAAAGAAGCAAAUUCCCCUUGGGAGAUUUGGCCAACCAUCAGAUAUAGCUGACGUGAUAACAUUCCUUGCUUCUGAUAGAAGUAGUUAUAUCACAGGCAUAAGCAUUGAGGUCACAGGUGGUCUUUUUAUGUAGUGACAGUACAGUUCGAGAUUCAACUGUUUACAAAACCACCAGGACAUGGUAAUGGCAGUCUAUAGCCUGCAUGGAGAAUUCUUGUGCUUCCCUUGUUCAUUGAAUGAAACUGCAAAUGCCAUCUACUCUUGAGUUUACCAACCCUGAAUCUUCAAGGAAGGGAGGUUCAUUCAAUAAGCAGCUUUUAGGAGAACAUCAUUCCUGAACCCCCCCCCCCCCCCUGCCACAUCCUGCUAA